AUGGCCCUUUGUUUUAAAAAUGACAUGCUUCUAUAUAUUCUCUUUCUAAAUGAGUACGAGGAACUUUACAAUACAAAAAAAAAUAAUCCUUUCUCUCUCGUACUUCAGCCGCCUGUUGUUUUUUUUUUCUGGGUUUUUGAUUGUGAAGAACAGAGAGUGGAAGGAGACGGGAAGAGGACAAUAUCACUUCUAGAAAGUAGCAACCGUACUCACGAAGGAGGAAGCGGAGCUGAGAACUCGUCGGAGGAGUGGCCGAGACUGGCUGAGGUUAAGGAGAUACUCUCUUACUAUCCAACGAAUUACAAGCCGUCUGCAGUUAUUCCACUCCUAGAUCUUGCACAACAGCAACAUGGAGGCUGGCUCCCUGUUUCAGCAAUGAAUGCAGUUGCUAAAGUUAUAGAAGUUGCUCCUAUCCGUGUUUAUGAGGUUGCAACAUUUUACUCAAUGUUCAACAGGGCUAAUGUUGGAAAGUAUCACCUUCUAGUUUGUGGCACAACACCUUGCAUGAUUCGUGGUUCACGUGACAUCGAAUCAGCUCUGCUAGACCAUUUGGGAGUGAAACGCGGUGAAGUCACAAAGGAUGGUUUGUUUUCUGUUGGUGAGAUGGAAUGCAUGGGAUGUUGUGUUAUUGGGUAGCCUAAGCCACCGCAGUUCCGUGAUCUUGAUGCAUGCUAAGCAAAGUGCUGCAACGGCUAUUGUUUAAGCAAGCUUGAGUUCUAUAUUUUGUGUUAAACGUUUUUGCACUUACCUCUUUUGAGGAUGUUUUAUUUUUGUCCUAGACUUCUAUUAUGCCUUAAACUCGAUGCUAGUUCCUACAAGACCUUUUAUCACCA